CCUGAUACCUCGUCUUCCUUGGACCAGCUCCACCAUGUCCCUCAAACCCGGUCAAAAAAACCCCACCUUAAGACCUCCACUCAAACCCGCCAAAGGAUACUCAAUCGCCAGGCCAGCCUUGAAUCAACCUGCUUCUCAACCAUCACUAGCCCCCAGCAGUCUCCAGCUCCACCAAGAGUGUUGUCUUCGCCUCAGUUGGCCUCGUCCUCACGGCCGCUCUUAGCAUCGUCUUCCUUAACACCAUCAAAGCUCAUACUGCCGUCGCCAGCAGAAGAGUCAACUGUACCUUCGUUGGCGGCGGCAGUUGCCCCCACGCAAGCCCAUUUAUUGCGUACGCUGCAGCGGAUAAACGCUGAAAUGGCCGGUCUACGGGCAGAGGUAGCAAAACUGUCGCGCCAAGUGCAUCACCUGACGCAUGGCAUGACGGAACGCCAGACAGAAAGCACAAUUGUCAUUUCCACACCUCCAGCAGAGCAGACUCACAUUCAGCCAUCAAUAGGACAUCGCUUUGGCAUGACGAAAUUAGCGUGUGGUAACAAGAUGGCCGGCCGAUCUGUACCACAGCCCAGACUUCCGACUGUCCAAUCAGGCCUGUCUCUUCGCGUUUCCCGAGGCACCUCGACUCAGCCAGUCCUCUUCGCUGACGAGCUUGAAGGUAGCGUCUACUCUCAAGUCGCUCGGCCUAAGUUUUCCUCGCUGUCCACGUCGAGUAGACGCUCGCCUCCUCCUGGCUCUGUUGAGCAGACCGAGGUGAGUCAAUGUGAGUUCGGCUUCAAGCCAAUUGGCCAGCGUCUGCUCAAAGGCCCUAAUCGGACGGCAGUUAUGCAAGAACACGAGUCUGAGGCCGAUCACUCGACGGAGAUGGAGGAGGAGUCAUGUGCUCUGCCACUUGUCGCUAAGCGACGAGUCUAUGUGCAGAACCAGAGGCCCGCGAGAGACGACAACAUACCACAUCAGCACUUCAACCCUCCUUCUGUAUCGGUCUUUGAGCCGCCAGAAUCUCAUAUACAUGCCGCCGAACAGUCCCAUCCGGUUUCUGACUCAAUUCUGCCACCGAAGACCAGCUUGUAUCCAUGCCGAACUUCCUCAUGCCCCACAGUAGCAACUUCGGGCCAAGCAACAGGAGAGGUAGGGUAUGUUUUAGGCUCAAGUCAUCGGACAGUGACAUUCAGCCUACCGCCAAAGGUGCUGGAAGAGCAGUAA